UGUGAAGCGUGACCUCUGGGGGCUGUAUAACGGAUGUAUGACAAUGUCCGGGCUUCCUCGAAGGGGGCCAGUCGUGGGCAACCGAUGAGAUCGCUAUAGCUCCUCAUGAGAUCAUCCGAGACCUCCUGGAAAAAUGAGAUAUCGUUAGGGGAAAUGAAAAUAGUUUAAUGCGAGAAAUGCGGCGAAUCAUGUUGGUAGUUCCAUGAUUCGUGCCAGCGAAGACCAGAGUGAAAGGAGUCAUACAUCCUCGUCAGGGUUAGAAAUUGACUCUUCCAAUUUAGAUAUGAGAAUUUUGAGAACCCGGAUACGAUAGCUUGGUGGAGGGAUAGGCCAAACGUGUGCUUCAUCGAACAUUCUCUGGUAGAUCAGCUGCUGAACCACUGGUCUUUUGAGGACAUUAUCUGCUGGUAUAGAGAGGCGUUGCGGUUCAAGAAGUUGAAGGUACUGAGCCACAAGUAAAUCCACUUGGUCUUCAUUGUCAAUGGGUGGCUCUACAAUCAUUAUUAUCUGCGUUUCUCGUAGUAUUGGUGAGGUCUACGGGUUUCAAUCAAGACGAUAUCUGUUGUUGGGUCGGGUUAAUAAAACUUUGAUGAGGCUUAAGCGCGGGAGAUGUAACUACCGUAUUAGGACUAGUGUAAUGUCCGCGAGCUGGCCCUAGCCGAGAACCCACAUCCAGCAAAAUCAAAAAAAUACAUUGAAACAUCGUGAUUCUUUUCGACGACAGCGACAUCCGACAAACCCCAGCCGCCAACCAUACUCCUCCCCCUUCGUCGAAGCAGACUUUUCGAACUGCCAGUGGUUUCUUCUCGAAAAUUCUGCAAUCAUGGCUGACGCUCCGGUGACCCUGCGGACACGCAAGUUCAUCCGCAACCCUCUUCUGGCUAGAAAGCAGAUGGUUGUUGACAUCCUCCACCCCAACCGCGCCAACAUCUCCAAGGACGAGCUCCGUGGGAAACUCUCAGAACUUUACAAGUCCAACAAGGAGCAAGUCUCCGUAUUCGGCCUUCGCACGCACUAUGGUGGUGGUAAGACCACCGGCUUCGCCCUCAUCUACGACUCAACCGAAGCCCUGAAGAAAUUCGAGCCCCGUUAUCGUCUCGUCCGUAUUGGAGCUGCUGAGAAGAUUGAGAAGGCCAGCAGACAGCAACGCAAACAAAGAAAGAACCGAUCGAAGAAGUUCCGGGGCACAGCAAAGACCAAGGGACCAAAGAAGGAAAAGAAGGGCAAAUAAAAGAGGGGAUCCGGGUUUCUUUGCUUUAUUUGGUUUUUCAUGGUGCUGGGUGGAGACUUCACGACAUGGAUUUUUUGAUUCGCCUAAGGGUCCCAAAAUGCGCUGGAUGAAAUGUUUUCUUUAUCUAUCUACAUCGAUGAUGUAUUUUAGCUGAAAUCAGCCAUGUGGAGAAAUUACACCUUUUUCGUUUAUUAUUUUGUUGUGCCAGCAGGGACUCGCGCGCUCCUUGUUUUAGGUGAUUCUGUCAUCUGCUUCUGCAUAUACGGUUUAUCUUACCCCACAGCAAAAUCGUGAAACCUCGGCACUGACAACCAUUCUUAUCAUAUGUUACUCUUAUCACAAGGGGGUUGGUGAUAGUGACGGGAAAAUCUCCGAAUCAGCAGCUGGGGAUCCAGGACAAAAAGUUCAACUAAUUGACCACAACACACUCUACCCACCAAGUACAGUACUCAUCCGCACCUAUACUUUUCCUUACAUACCCCUUGAUACCCAAAAUCGGUACCAACGCCGGUGUAACAAGGGAUGGGGGAAAUAAACAGACGAGAUGGGACAAAGGGGAGACAUAAUACAGGUAGGGACGGUUUAAAACACACAAUCUUAAUCCGCUUGCCAAGAAGAGAAACGAGAAGACACCACCGCUUCCAUAAAAACAAGCUGUCUAUCUAUCCUAUAACACGAUGCUGUGCAUGUAAUGCACAAUAGAAAACAAUUAACAAAAAUAUUAAAAGAAAUAAACCCCAACCGUUGUCUUUAACAUAAGAGAGACAUAUCUUGGCAAUUCUAGACAAAAUAGGAGAUCCGUGUAGGAAUCAUAACAAAAAACACUUCCAACCCCCUACCAAUUCCAGUAUAAUCUGAUAUUCGGCGCAGACGUACGCAGGCGUUUAACCUGAUCCCAAGGAGACUCGUUCAUUGUCGUUGACAGAUGAAAUCAACGCCGGUAGCAAUAAUAAACCCAAAUAUUAAAAAUAACAGAAAGAAAGAAAGAAAGAAACAAUGAAUACGUGAAUUUCGUUAGCCCUCAAAGUUAUCCGUUUUGUGAGCUGGGAGAUUAGACGUCGGGUUCACUGGGAUGUCUGAGCACCUAGAUGCCGACGGCUCGAAGGGUGGAAGACGGAUGUACUCCUGUCCAUUUGACAAAGUGCUUGAUGAGCUGUGUGCGGGCAGCACCGUGCUAUGGCCGUAGGCCUGCGCUCCGUAGCUGGAUUGCUGUCGAAAGUCACUGCCCCGGCGGGAUCGUCCAUUCAGAGCAUUCUCCGCAGAGGAGUGGAACCCUUCAACCGGCUCUACUCCUGAGAAUGUUGUUGUUGGGCGCAUUGUUGCUACCGCGGAGUUGCUGGACAUGACAUACCCGAAUCCCAUAUCAGUGUGCCCGAUCAGGGGCUUGCUGGUACUUGGCGAAUCUGCACCAUUGGCUAUGGUAGUCGGCGUUGUCUUCAUCGUGCUCUGCUGGUUGCUGGACGACAAUCCAUCCGGAGCCAAGUGCCCUGAGGAUCUGGCAUUUAAUCCUGGGCCAGUUCCGCAGGAGGAAGGAAGCGAAGGCUCUGCCGAAUGGGCUCCCACCGUGCUUCCGUUGUCACGGCCAUUACGACUCGAUGCGGGGUUUGGUAAUAUCCUGUCAGGCACCGACGACGAUGAUGAGAUUGCGCUGAGAAGUGGGAGGGCGGAAGGAAGGUCGGAUGAUACGGAGACUGGAUGCUGGGUAUGUGUCAUGUAGCUGUAAUUAGAUCCAAGGGCAGGAUGGCCAUCUUGCUCAUGGUAUAUAUCUUCAUUCCGGAUCUUUCCCACUUGAGAAGCCCGAGGGCUUCCUAUGUACGAAGAAUAGCUGGAACCUCCCGUGGAAUCCGUGCUAGGGAGCAUAUAUUGCGGAGAUGGGAUACUAUACGAUUGGGAAUCACCCUCGUAGUUGAUUUGGAAUGCGGGUACAAAGGGGCUCCUGGAAACCGGGGCAAACUGAGUUCCUU